CGGAGAAAAAGACUGCAGCAGAGAGAAAUGGCGGCUCAGAAAAAAAUUCCCACCCUGCAGAAGGCUGGCGCUGCCAUGCUUUCUUUUGGCGGCCCUGUGGGAGGCCGCGGCUGGGCAGAUGCGCUAUUCUGUGCCAGAAGAGAUCGACAAAGGCUCUUUCGUGGGCAACAUGGCCAAAGACUUGGGGUUGGAGCCCCUGGUACUGGCAGAGCGGGGAGUCCGCAUCAUCUCCAGAGGCAGGACGCAGCUUUUCUCUCUGAACCCGCGAAUGGGCAGCUUGAUCACGGGGGGCAGGAUAGACCGGGAGGAGCUCCGCGCUCAGCGCGCGCGCUUUUUGAUUAAUUUUAACAUACUACUGGAAGAUAAACUGAAUAUUUAUUCACUAGAGGUGGAAAUAACAGAUAUUAACGAUAACGCCCCUCGCUUUGGAGUAGAAGAAUUGGAACUAAAAGUUAGUGAAACUACUACACCAGGAUUCCGGAUUCCUCUGAAGAGUUCUCAUGAUGCGGACGUAGGAGAGAACGCCCUCCAGAAGUACGAACUCAACCCAAAUGACCACCUCUCUCUGGAUGUGCGAAGCGGUGCGGAGGGGAUCAAGUCCCCGGAGCUGGUGCUGCAGCGCGCCCUGGACCGCGAAGAAGAGGCUGUUCACCUCUUGGCUUCCGACCGGGGCGACCCUGUCCGAUCCGGCACCUCACGAAUCCGCGUGACAGUCCUGGAUGUGAACGACAACGCGCCUGUUUUUUCUCAGCCUGAGUACCCUGUAAGUGUUCCGGAGAAUAUGCCUGUAGGUAUCUGGAUACUCACGGUAACCGCCACUGACGCAGAUGAGGGAUACAACGCUCAAGUAGCAUUUUCAAGAGAAAAAAAACCUGGAGAAACCGCAGAGAUAUUUGAGCUUAGGUCGACAUCUGGAGCUAUAGUGAUCAUAAAAAAUCUACAUUAUGAAGAUGCCAAAUUCCGUGAAAUUGAUAUUGAAACUCAGGAUGGUCCGGGCCUUCUGACCAGAACGAAGGUCAUUGUCACAGUUCUGGACGUGAAUGACAAUGCCCCAGAAUUUUACAUGACAUCUGCUACUAGCUCAGUUCCUGAAGACUCUCCCCCAGGAACCAUAAUUGCACUUUUCAAUGUACAUGACAGAGACUCUGGGCAGAACGCAUUUAUGGCAUGUUCACUCCCGGAGAACCUUCCCUUUAAGUUAGAAAGGUCAGUGGACAAUUACCACCGACUUGUUACAGCUAAACCCCUGGACAGGGAACAGAUUUCCUCUGACGACAUCACUGUGACGGCUAAAAAUGGAGGGAACCCAUCUCUGGCCACAGAUACUCAAGUUUUACUGCAGGUGACAGACAUCAAUGACAACCCGCCUGCCUUCCCUCACACAUCCUAUUCUGCCUACAUUCCCGAAAACAAUCUCAGAGGUGCCUCGAUCUUUUCUGUGACGGCCCAUGACCCCGACAGCGACAACAACGCCCGGGUAACUUAUUCCUUGGCCUAGGAAACCAUCCAGGGGGCACCCAUGUCCUCCUAUGUCUCCAUGAACUCUGACACAGGAGUCCUAUACGCUGUCUCCUUUGACUUUGAGCAGUUCCAAGACCUGCAGCUGUGGGUGACAGCAAGGGACAAAGGGGACCCACCCCUCAGCAGCAAUGUGUCUCUAAGCCUGAUUGUGCUGGACUAGAAUGACAACAUGCCCGAGAUCCUGUACCCUUCCCUCCCCACUGACGGGUCCACUGGCGUGGAGCUGGCAGCAAGCUCUGCAGAGCCCGGCUACCUGGUGACCAACGUGGUGGCUGUGGACCGCGACUCAGGUCAGAACGCCUGGCUGUCCUACCGCCUGCUCAAGGCCAGCGAGCCAGGGCUCUUCGCUGUGGGUGUGCACACGGGGGAGGCCCAGGACCACGGCCAGCCUCCUCUUUCGGCCACGGUCACGCUCACCGUGGCAGUGGCGGACAGCAUCCCCGACCUCCUGGCCGACCUAGACAGCCUCGAGCCCUCCCACGACCCUGACGCCUCCGACCUCACGCUGUACCUGGUGGUGGCUGUGACCGCGAUCUCCUGUGUCUUCCUCGCCUUUGUCAUUGUGCUCCUGGCGCUCAGGGUGCGGCGCUGGCACAAACCUCGGCAGCUUCAGACCGCCAGCGGCGGUACGGCCGCCACGGCCGCCAAGCGCUUUGUGGGCAUGGAUGGGGUUCAAGCCUUCCUGCAAACCUAUUCCCACGAGGUCUCCCUCACCGCCGACUCGCGGAAGAGUCACCUGAUCUUCCCUCAGCCCAACUAGGCCGAUGCGCUCAUCAGCCAGGAGAGCUGUGAGAAAAAGGAUUUUCUGUCGGCAUCUCAAUCUCUACUUGAAGGCAAAGGAAAAGAAACCGUUUCUCAGGUAAACUAGCUCUUCGCAAUGUAUUUAGGAGAUAGUUUGCUAAAACAAAUAAAUUUCCCAUUUUACUUAACUUAGCUACCGCCACCUUUUACUGUCUCCUCUAUUUCCUGUAUUUCCUUGAGAAUAUAUUCAACUUUUAGAAAAUGAGUCCUGAUGAAUUAUUUCCAAAUAGUUUUAAGUGUCCACAGAAUGUAAGAAGAGGAGGGAUUAGAAUCAUUGUAGAAUGUGCCAAUCGGAA